AUGCCUCCCAGAUCAAUCAGGGCAGUAACGAAAGAUCUUCAGCCCUAUUUCACGACAUCGAAACCCACAUUAUCGCUACCGCCAGAAGCGCGCCGGCUGAUACAGCAGUACGUGGACGAGCACGAUGCCGAGACGAGCGAGGAAGAGUACACACGUGCCAAUGAGGAAUUGAACGGCUUCUGGGCGAGACACGUGCACAAGAGUCCGGAAAAGCGAGGGGCAUUCGUGGGUGUGCUCAGAGGAAUAAGGCCUGCCGUUGGCGACGGCGACCUGCUGCUAUGGUGGCUCGAGGUCGUCAAGCCCAUUGUCGGCAGCACGCGAUACGACAGCGCUGCGCAAGAUGAUGCCCGGGAGUUCACGGUUGGUGUGAUGAUUGGGGACAGCGACGGAGAUGACACAGCAGGUCAGAUCAGGUCAAGGGCCCGGGUAUGCCGGGAACUCUUAGAUCUGUAUGUUGCCCGGAACCAACCACUGCCAGGAGAAGACGCAGAACAGUCUGCAGAGGAGAACACGCAGGUCGCAAAGCAAGCUGAAGAUGUCCUCAUUGCAUUUGGCCGGAAACGACCCAAGGAUCUAUUUCACCACCUGGAUGACUUGAUCAGGCCGGCAGGCCGUCGGUUGAUUGCUUUGAAGCUUCUAACGUCUUUCAUCCGUCUCGACAUACCUCACCUGUACCUGGUCAUCAAUACACCUCUGGUCGAAGAUCUACUCAAGUGCCUGAUGAACGACACGGCUACGGAGCUCUUGUCCGUCGCUCUGAAGGCUCUGAUCAUGCUGCUUCCGCAUAUUCCCGGCUCUCUGGGUCCCUACCUGCCACGACUCUUCCUCGUUUAUAGUCGACUUCUGUGCUGGGAGAAGUUUAGCGAGUACAACACAGAAGCUGAGAGAAGCAUUGUCAAAGAUGACCGCGUCUCCACUACAGAUGACGAUGAAGAAGACGAAGCCCAAGACGUCGGAUUCGACUCCACCUGGGAAAAGGCACGGCCUGCUGAGGGUGUGGUUGAAGCAUCGACACCUGAGAUUCUGACGUACUUCACCUAUCUGUACGGGCUGUAUCCGCUUAACCUCGUGAGCUAUAUUCGCAAACCCAGACGCUACCUCAAGGACAUCAACUUCCCUGCGGCAGACUCAUUCGACUUGGAUCAAGCGGUGAUACGUAGUAGGUCGGAGCAAUUCCGAGCAGUCCAUUUUCUGCACCCGAAUUUCUACAACAUGACGAUCGAGGAAGAAGUCUCAGACCCCAAGUGGCCGAAAAUGGAUCCAGCCGAUGUCGUUGGCGAGUGUCACGGCCUGUGUAUGACUGUGCAAACCACGACGUCGAGCUUAGGACCGCCUCCAAACAGAAAGCUUCCCGCUAUCCCUCCUGUGCCGCCUCUCAGCGCAGCAAGUGCAGGUGGACCGUCUCCAACUACAAGCCACAGAAGCCUGAGAUCUGGAUCGAGUUGGCGUGAUGCGCAGCCUGUCGCCACGUCCAAUGCGGGAGACGCAGACAGCCCUGUACUAAAACCACAGCUCGCUCCUGCGCAGGAUCCAGAGCCACAGCACGAGAAGCCAUCAGUACCACUCGACAACCUUGCUUACCUGCAAAGAGAGAUUACUCUACUGCAAAAUGACCUGAACUUCGAGCGGUGGCAUAAGGCUCAAUACUCCAACCACAUCGGCAAGAUCUUCCAGCGGAAUGUGAAGCAAGCAACGGCAGAAGCAGAAACGUUCAACUUGAUCUACGCCAACCGAGCCCUUCAAAAACAACUCGACCAAAUGCGAAAAGCUCGUGAGGCUACGCAGAAAGAUGCUGCUCUAACGAGGAAGCAGGCGAACACUCUCGAGGCCAACAUGAUGGAGCGCUUCAACAAGAUGAGACUGGAGCAGGAAACAUGGAAGGCCGAUGCGGACGAGCUUCGAAGACUGCGCUCGGAAAUGCACGAGUACCGCGACUUGCUGGUGGCAUCAGAGGCGCGCGAGCUUAAGAAGUCCCAUCAACUCCAGAUCGCUGAGCAGGAACUUGAGAAGUUGCAGAAGAUUCAAGAGCAAGUAACCACCGCGCGGCAAGAGUUGCGGGUCUACAAGUUCCGAGAAGCAGAGUACGCCAUCACCAAGCGACAGAAUGAGAUGCUGCAGGGUGAGCAUGAAAAGACGCAAGAGCAGGUGCGUCGUCUUGAGCAGGAUCAAGCACGUCUGAGGCACGCCUUUGCCACCAAGGUCGCGGACUUGGAAACUCAGCGAGGACUUUCUGAUACCUCGUCCGGGUAUUCUGGUAGCCAACCUGGAGCAGACUUACAUGUCGCCGUCCAGCGCGCGGUAGCCGAAAGCGAAGCAAAACUCGCUCAGCUCAAGAAGUCGUACUCGAAGCUCGUUGCAGAGCACACAGACCUCGAGCUUGAAUACCAAACCCUCAAGAACCGACUCGAGAUCCUCCAAGGCGCCGCCUCCGCCCCAUCGGUUUCCAGCACCGCCAGCGACAGCUUCGGCUACGAGAUCGUAGACGACUACGCCGCGCGCAUCAGCACCAGCGACCCUACUCACCGCCGAUCGCAGCAACCCGUCCCCGGAACCGCGGUCACGAAGGGGGCAGACCCAACGACCGUGAACAGUUUCGCUGGGCUCAUGUUCGACCCCCGCGCGAGCAAAGGCAGCAGUACGGUCUCCGGGUCUGGACGCUCGAAGGAGCUGGCGGCGUUUAACCAGUCGGCGCCGGUGGCGCAGGAUGAGGAUGUCAGUAGUGCGUUUAGCGAUUAUAGUGGGACGGGGAGUCAGGGGCAGCCGGUGAGGAAGGAGAAGAUUCAGCCGGGGAGUAGUGUGAGGGUUUAUGGGAGAGGCGGUGCGCAGAACAUCAAGCUGAAGCAGAAGGAGGAGAAGAAGGCGGAGGGCGCGGGUGGGAAGAAGAGUAGUGCGUUGAAGGGGUUGAGGAACUUCAUGUAG